AAAAAAAUUUAACAGAAAAUCCACACAAAAAUGAAUCUACCUAAUAUGGCAAAAAUUUUAAUAUUACAGUCAAAAAAAGCCUGAGCAACCCAACCAAAUUGCUUGCAAUCGAAGGUACCCAUCUGUUUCUUCACUGUCAAUCAAUUAUUCCCUUAUCUUCCUCCCUCCUCUUCUUCAUCUCAUGGCCACAAAACCCUAACCCACUUUUCCAUUUCUUCUCUUUCUCUCACCUCUUCAAUGGGUCGGGAAACCUCUGCGACGCCGCAGACACCGGCACCCGCGGCGGCGGUAGCACCUGCAGGGAAGAUGAAAACGACGGCUUUGGCACCUGGCUUUCGAUUUCAUCCCACGGAUGAGGAGCUUGUCAGUUACUACUUGAAACGGAAGGUUUCUAAUAAACCUGUCCGUUUUAAUGCUAUUGCUGAGGUCGAUAUCUACAAGAACGAGCCUUGGGACCUUGCAGAUAAGUCAAGGUUGAAAAGCAGAGAUCAAGAAUGGUAUUUUUUUAGUGCCUUGGAUAGGAAGUAUGGGAAUGGAGCAAGAAUGAAUAGGGCUACAGGUAAAGGGUACUGGAAAGCCACUGGCAAGGACAGGGCGGUCCGCCGGGACUCCCAACUCAUAGCAAUGAAGAAAACGCUUGUAUUUCAUAGUGGGCGCGCCCCAGGGGGCCAGCGCACCAAUUGGGUUAUGCAUGAGUACCGGCUUGUUGAUGAAGAAUUGGAAAAAAAUGGAGCCAUGCAGACCGAUUCAUAUGUGCUGUGUAGAGUAUUUCACAAGAAUAAUAUAGGACCACCAAAUGGAAAUCGUUAUGCCCCUUUUAUAGAGGAGGAGUGGGAUGAUGGUGAGACAGUUCUUGUUCCAGGAGAGGAUGCAGUGGAUGAAGUGCCUGCUCAUGAUGCUUGUGCUGAAAUAAAUUGUGUUGAGCCGGAUACUCAUUCCAUCAACCGAGAUCCUCUUAAUAUGAACGAACUUCCGAAGGACUCUGAAAAUGUUAAUGAGUUUCAAAGAGAUGAUUUACCGUUGUGCAAGACCGAAAGGGUCGAUGAUUGUCCUCCUUGCGUGCUUAAUACGGAGGCAUCCUUGUCUCUACUCCAAUAUAAAAGAAGAAAGCAUAAUGGUGAUACAAUAUUGAACCAUUCAAAAGCUUCAGAGAAUUCAACCAGGACAACUCAGGAUCUUUCCUCAUCCACAACAUCAACAGCAGCAACAACAACAAUUGCAACUACAGACACAAUGAUGACGACUGCUACAGCAACAACAACAGCAAUAUCUGCAUUGUUGGAAUUUUCUCUAAUGGAAUCGAUCGAACCCAAAGAGAAUCCUCGUGUUCCUCGUCCUAGACUUGAUACUAGCAAUCUCGGUUCAUCAGUGCCUCCUAGCUGCAUGAAAUUUAUCAAUGAUUUGCAGAGUGAGAUCCACAAGAUUUCUAUUGAGAAAGAAACAAUGAAGCUUGAAAUGAUGAGUGCGCAAGCCAUGAUUAACAUUCUUCAAUCUCGAAUCGAUUUUCUCAACAAGGAAAAUGAGGAUUUGAAAAGAAGCAUCCGAGAUGCAUAGCAACUACCUAUGACACAGUAAUCUUAUUGUUGUCCUGAUGUAUGAAUCAAAGGUACCUGCUGCAUCCUGUUACCCUCAAGUCAAGAUGUUUCAAGGGUAUGUAAAAUUAUUAUGUUAUUGUUUUGUUGCUUGUUUUAAUAAUUUUUUGUUGUAGGAAUAUGAUAAUGUUGGAUUUUAUCUGUAAUGUCAAAUUUAAGACUAUGGCAUUCUGAACUUUCAUCA